AUGAGUUCUAUUGAGGCACAGAUUGAAAAUAAGAGACAAGAGUUUGAAGCUUUGAAAAAAAUUGUUGGACUAACUGAUACCAUGAAGGUUCAAUUGGAUGCUUUGUCCAAUGAAGUGACUCAAAUGCAUUCUAAUGCAGAUUCUGUGUCGCAGAUAAUGUUACAUUGGGACUCGAUUAUGCAAUAUAUAUCUCAAGCAAGCUUGGGACUGCAGAAAUACUCUGAAGGUGAUUAUAAUGUCGGUACAUGGGAUGACUCUAAAACUAGCAAGGAUAAACAGGAAGAUAAAGAGCAGAAGGAAUCUGAGUUGCCUCUUCCUGAGACAUUGAUUAGAAUGAAGAUUGAUCAAAAUGACUAG